CGCAUUCCCACCCGGGCCUGCACCGGUGCGUCCCGGCGGAGCAGGAGCGAGCCCGGCAGCGGCGCGAGGAGGCCCAGCGCAGCCAGGGAGCCGCGCCCGCCGUCAGCCAUGGGCGCGCCCAGGCCCGCGCUGCCGCUGCUGCUGCUGGCGGUGCUGCUGGCGGCCGCCUGCGCCCGGGCCCAGGACGAAGUGGUGGAAAACGUCGGCCCGAGCUGUCCAAAAGAUGCCACGCGAUUCAAGCACCUCCGCAAGUAUGUCUACAACUACGAGGCAGAGAGCUCCAGCGGGGUCCCCGGGACUACAGAUUCAAGAAGUGCCACCAAGAUCAACUGCAAGGUCGAGCUGGAGGUUCCCCACCUCUGCAGCUUCAUCCUGAGGACCAACCAGUGCAUCCUGAGAGAGGUGUACGGCUUCAACCCUGAGGGCGAGGCCUUGCUGAGGAAGACCAAGAACUCUGAUGAGUUUGCUGCUGCCAUGUCCAGGCAUGAGCUCAGGCUGGCCAUUCCUGAAGGGAAGCAAGUUUUCCUUUAUCCAGAGACUGAUGAACCUAAACACAUCCUGAACAUCAAGAGGGGCAUCAUCUCAGCUCUCCUGGCUCCGCCGGAGACAGAAGAAGCCACGCAAGAGUUGUUUCUGGACACCGUGUAUGGAAACUGCUCCACUCACGUUACUGUGAAGACAAGGAAAGGAAAUGUGGCGACUGAACUGUCCACUGAGAGGAACCUACAGCAGUGUGAGGGCUUCCAGCCCAUGAGCACAGGCGCCAGCCCCCUGGCCCUCAUCAAAGGCGUGAUCCGCCCCUUGUCAACUCUGAUUAGCAGCAGCCAGUCCUGCCGGUACCUCCUGGACUCCAAAAGGAAGCAUGUGUCAGAAGCCACCUGUGAGGAGCAGCACCUGUUCCUGCCUUUCUCCCACAAGAAUAAGUAUGGGAUGAUGGCUCACGUGACACAGUCUUUGAAACUUGAAGAAACACCCAAGGUCAACAGCCGCUUCUUUACUGAAGGUACACAGAGGGUGGGUCUGGCCUUCGAGAACACCAAGUCCACAUCACCACCAAAGCAGACUGAGCCCGUGCUGAAGACUCUCCAGGAACUGAGAGCGCUGUCCGUUUCUGAGCAGAACGCCCAGCGGGCAAACCUCUUCAAUAAGCUGGUUACCGAGCUGAGAGGCCUCAGCAGCGAGGCGGUUGCGUCCCUCCUGCCCCAGCUGAUUGAGGUCUCCAGCCCCAUCACUUUGCAAGCCUUAGUUCAGUGCGGACAGCCCCAGUGUUACACUCAUAUCCUCCAGUGGCUGAAAAGUGUAGACGCCAACCCGCUGCUGAUAGAUGUUGUCACCUACUUGCUGGCCUUGAUCCCAGAGCCCUCAGAACAGAGGCUACAGGAGAUCUUCAGUGUGACCAAGGAACAGCAGAGCCGGGCUACCUUUUAUGCACUGAGCCAUGUGGUCAACAGCUAUCACAUGACAACCCGUAGGGUGACCCAGGGCCUGCAGGACAUUGCUGACUACCUGGUGGAGCAGAUUGGCACAGAGUGCAAUGGAGAUGAAGACCGCACCUACCUGAUUCUCAGGGCCAUCGGAAAUAUGGGCAGAACCAUGGAGCAGGUAACACCAAGAGUGAAGUAUUCUGUCCUGAAAUGCAUCAAAAGUACAAGGCCAUCCCUGCUGAUUCAGAAAGCCGCCAUCCAGGCCCUGAGGAAGAUGGAAAUUACAGACGAGGUCCAGGGUGUCCUUCUUCAGACUUUCCUCAAUGAUACGUCUCCAGUGGACAAGCGACUGGCUGCCUAUCUCAUGCUGAUCAGGGGAGCUUCCCAGUCAGCUAUUAACCAAAUUGCCCAACUUCUCCCCGGGGAACGGAAUGAGCAGGUGAAGAACUUUGUGGCUUCCCACCUUGCCAACAUCUUGAACUCAGAAGAACUGUACAUCCAAGAUCUGAAAAAUGUAGUGAAAGAAGCUCUAAGAGAAUCUCAACUUCCAACCGUCAUGGACUUCAGAAAAUUUUCCCGGAACUAUCAACUUUCCAAAUCUGUUUCACUCCCAUCACUUGACCCAGUCUCAGCCAAAAUCGAAGGGAAUAUGAUUUUUGAUCCAAAUAAUUACCUUCCUAAAGAAAGCAUGCUGAAAACGACCCUUACUGUCUUUGGAUUUGCUCCAGCUGACCUUUUCGAGAUUGGCUUAGAAGGAAAAGGAUUUGAGCCAACGCUGGAAGCUCUUUUUGGAAAGCAAGGAUUUUUCCCAGACAGUGUCAAUAAGGCUUUGUAUUGGGUUGAUGGUCAAGUUCCUGAUUAUGUUUCCAAAGUCUUGAUGGACCACUUUGGCUACACCAAGGGAGAUAAGCGGGAACAGGACAUGGUAAAUGGAAUGAUGCUCAGUGCUGACAAGCUGAUCAAAGACUUAAAAUCCAAAGAGAUCCCAGAAGCCAGAGCCUACCUGCGCGUCCUGGGAGAGGAGCUUGGCUUUGUCAGGCUCCGAGACCUCCAGCUCGUAGGAAAGAUGCUGCUGAGUGGUGCUCACAUGCUGCAGGGGAUCCCCAGGCUGAUUGGAGAGGCCAUAAGGAAAGGUUCAAAGGAAGACUUGUUCCUUCACUACAUCUUCAUGGACAAUGCCUUCGUGCUCCCCACUGGAGUUGGGUUACAACUGCAUGUGUCUUCUUCUGGAGUCAUCACCCCUGGAACCAAGGCUGGAGUGAAACUCGACGUAGGCCAUAUGCAGGCGGAAUUGGCGCUGAAGCCUUCUGUGGCUGUGGAGUUUGUGACAAACAUGGGCAUCAUCCUUCCGGACUUUGCUAGGAGCAGCAUCCAGAUGAACACCAACUUCUUCCAUGAAUCAGGCCUGGAGGCUCGUCUUGCCCUAAAGGCUGGGCAGCUGAAGUUCAUCGUGCCUUCUCCAAAGAGGCCAGUCAAGCUGUUCAGUGGCAGUAACACAUUGCACUUGGUCUCUACUACCAAGACAGAAGUGAUCCCACCUCUAACUGAGAACAGGCAGUCCUGGUCAACCUGCAGGUCUUUCUUCACUGGCCUGAACUACUGCAUCACGGGUGCCUACUCCAAGGCCAACUCCACAGACUCUGCCUCCUACCAUCCACUGACAGGAGACACCAGAUUUGAGCUGGAAUUGAUACCUACUGGAGAAGUAGAGCAGUAUUCUGCCAGUGCAACCUAUGAACUCCAGAGAGAGGACACAGCUUUGGUGGAUACUCUGAAGUUUGUAACUCAGGCAGAAGGUGUGAAGCAGAGUGAGGCUACCAUGAUGUUCAAAUACAAUCGGCAGAGUAGGACUUUGUCCAGUGACAUCCAAAUUCCAGAUUUUGACGUUGACUUUGGCACAAUCCUCAGACUUAAUGAUGAAUCUGAGAAGGACAAAAAGGCCUACAAGCUCACCCUGGACAUUCAGAACAAGAAAAUCACUGAGGUCACCCUCAUGGGCCACAUAAGCUGUGACAUGAAGGGAGAAGGGAAAAUCAAAGGUGUUAUUUCCAUACCCCGUCUACAAGCGGAGGCCAGAAGUGAGAUCCUCACCCACUGGUCCCCUGCAAAACUGCUCCUCCAAAUGGACUCAUCUGCUACUGCUUACGGCUCAACACUUUCCAAGAGGGUGGCAUGGCGUUAUGAUGAUGAGAAGAUUGAAUUUGAAUGGAACACAGGCACCAAUGUGGAUACCAAAAAAAUGGCUUCCAAUUUCCCUGUAGAUCUGUCUGAUUAUCCUCGCAGCUUUCAUGCGUAUGCCAAUAAUCUUUUGGAUUACAGAGUUCCUCAAACAGACAUGACCUUCCGGCACAUGGGUUCCAAAUUAAUAGUUGCAACAAACUCGUGGCUUCAAAAGGCAUCCAGGAGUCUUCCUUAUGCCCAGACUCUGCAAGAUCACCUCAGUGGCCUCCAAGAGUUGAACCUCCAGAAAAUGGGAUUGCCAGAUUUCCACAUCCCAGAAAACCUCUUCUUAAAAAGUGAUGGCCGGGUCAAAUACACCUUGAACAAGAACACUGUGAAAAUUGAGAUUCCUUUGCCUUUUGGUGGCAAAUCUUUCAAAGAUCUAAAGAUGUUGAAGACUAUUAGGACACCAGCACUCAACUUCCAUUCUGUGGGAUUCUACAUUCCACCUCAAGAGUUCCAAGUCCCCACUUUUACCAUUCCCAAGUUGUAUCAACUGCGAGUACCUCUCCUGGGUAUUCUAGACCUCUCCACAAAUAUCUACAGCAAUCUGUACAACUGGUCUGCCUCCUACACUGGUGGCAACACCAGCGCAGACCAAUUUAUUCUUCGAGCUCGAUACCAUGUGAAGGCUGACUCCGUGGUUGAUCUGCUUUCCUACAGUGUGCAAGGAUCUGGAGAAACAACGUAUGACCACAGGAAUACAUUCACAUUAUCAUGUGAUGGAGCUCUACACCACAAAUUUCUACAUUCCAAUAUUAAAUUCAGUCAUGUAGAGAAAGUAGGAAGCAACCCAGCCUCAAAAGGUUUACUAACAUUUGAUGCAUCCAGUACCUGGGGACCACAAAUGUCUGCCUCAGUCCAAUUGGACUCAAAGAAGAAACAGCAAUUGUAUGUCAAGGAAGUCAAGAUGGAUGGGCAGUUCAGAGCCUCUUCGUUCUAUGCUAAAGGCACAUAUGGUCUGUCUUGUCAGAGAGAUCUGACCACAGGCUGGCUAAGUGGAGAGUCCAAUCUGAAGUUCAACUCCUCCUAUUUCCAGGGCACCAACCAGAUUACUGGAAGGUAUCAAGAUGGAACCCUCUCCCUUGCCUCCACCUCUGAUCUCCAGGGAGGCAUCUUCAAAAAUACUGCUUCCCUGAAGUAUGAGAACUAUGAGCUGACUCUGAAAUCGGAUACCAAUGGCAAGUAUGAGGAGUUUGCCACUUCAAACAAAGUGGAUCUUACCUUCUCCAAGCAAAAUGCAUUGCUACGUGCUGAGUAUCAGGCUGAUUACAAGUCACUGAGGUUCUUCACCCUGCUUUCUGGGUUGUUGAAUACCCAUGGUCUUGAAUUAAAUGCUGACAUCUUGGGCACUGACAAAAUGAAUACUGCUGCUCACAAGGCAACUCUAAGAAUUGGCCAAAAUGGAGUAUCUACCAGUGCAACAACCAGCUUGAGGUACAGUCCCCUGAUGCUGGAGAAUGAGCUGAACGCAGAGCUUGCCCUUUCUGGGGCAUCUAUGAAAUUAGCAACAAAUGGCCGCUUCAAGGAACACAAUGCAAAAUUCAGCCUAGAUGGGAAAGCUACCCUCACAGAGUUAUCCCUGGGAAGCGCUUACCAGGCCAUGAUUCUGGGUGCUGACAGCAAGAACAUUUUCAACUUCAAGAUCAGCAAAGAGGGACUAAAGCUUUCAAAUGACAUGAUGGGUGCCUAUGCUGGAAUGAAAUUUGACUACACAAACAAUCUGAACAUCGUAGGCUUAUCCUUGGAGUUAUCUUCAAAACUUGACAACAUUUACAGUUCAGACAAGUUUUAUAAGCAAAAUUUCAAUUUACAGCUACAGCCCUAUUCUCUUGUAACUACCGUAAACAAUGACCUAAAAUACAGUACUUUUGGUCUGACCAGCAGUGGGAAAUUACGGCUAGAACCCCUGAAGCUGAACAUGGCUGGUGACCUAAAAGGAGCCUACCAAAAUGAUGAAAUAAAACACAGCUACAUCAUUUCUUAUGCUGACUUAUCCGCAAGUUAUAAAGCAGAAACAGUGGCUAAAGUCCAGGAUAUGAGAUUUAACCAUCGGAUCAACACAGACAUUGCAGGAUUGGCUUCAUCUGUUGAUGUCAGUACAAAUUACAAUUCAGACUCCCUGCACUUCAACAACGUUUUCCACUCUGUACUGGCCCCAUUCACCCUGACCAUCGAUACACUUACAAAUGGCAAUGGGAAAUUGGUUCUUUGGGGAGAACACACUGGGAAGCUGUACAGCAAGUUCCUGUUGAAAGCAGAACCUUUGGCCUUUACUUUCUCUCAUGACUACCAAGGAUCUAUAAGGCACCAUCUCUUGACCAGGGGAAGUGUCAGUACAACCCUUGAUCACAAAGUCAGUGCCCUGCUUACCCCGGCUGAGCAGAGAGGGACCUGGAAACUCAAGACCCAAAUCAACAACAAUGAGUACAGCCAGGACUUUGAUGCCUACAACACUAAAGACAAAAUCGGAGUGGAGCUUAGUGGACGAGUUCUAGCUGAUCUGACGAUGCUAGACACCCCGAUUAAAGUGCCACUUUUACUCAGUGAGCCCAUCAAUAUCAUCGAUGCCUUAAAGAUGAAAGAUGCUAUUGACAAGCCCCAAGAAUUCACAAUUGUUUCUUUUGUAAAGUAUGAUAAGAACCAAGAUGUUCAUACUAUCAACCUCCCAUUCCUUAAUAGCCUGCCAAAAUACUUUGAGAAGAAUCGCAUGGUAAUUAUAACUGUACUGGAAACCAUACAAAGAGAAUUGAAACGCAUCAAUAUUGAUCCGUUUCUAAGGAGAUACAGAACAACCCUGGGAAAACUCCCACAGCAAGUUAAUGAUUAUCUGAGUACAUUCAAUUGGGAGAGACAAGUUUCCAGUGCCAAGGAGAAACUAACUACUUUCACAAAAAAUUAUAAAAUUACAGAGAAUGAUAUACAAACUGCAUUGGAUAAUGCCAAAAUCAACUUAAAUGAAAAACUGUCUCAACUUCAGACAUAUGUGAUACAAUUUGAUCAGUAUAUUAAAGAUAAUUUUGAUCUACAUGAUUUUAAAAUAGCUAUAGCUAGUAUUAUAGAUCAAAUCAUGGAAAAAUUAAAAAUUCUUGAUGAACGUUAUCAUAUCCGUGCACAUUUAAUUAAAUCAAUCCAUAAUUUAUAUUUGUUUAUUGAAGCUAUUGAUUUUAACAAAAUUGGAAGUAGUACUGCAUCUUGGAUUCAAAAUGUGGAUACCAAGUAUCAAGUCAGAAUCUGGAUACAAGAAAUAUUGCAACAGUUUAAGACACAGAUUCAGAAUACAAACAUCCCAUACCUGGCUGAAAAACUGAAACAACAGAUUGAGGCUAUUGAUGUCAGAGUGCUUUUAGAUCAAUUGAGAACUACAAUUCCAUUUCGUAUAAUAAAGGACAUUAUUGAACAUUUCAAAUACUUUGUUAUAAAUAUUAUUGAAAAUUUUGAAGUAAUUGACAAAAUCAAUACUUUUAGAGCCACAGCUCAUGAAUUAAUUAAGAAAUAUGAAGUAGACCAACAAAUCCAGAACAUAGUGGAUAGACUGGUAGACUUGGCCCAACAAUACAAGCUGAAGGAUACUGUUCAGAAAUUAAGCAAUGUCCUGCAACGAGUUGAGAUACAAGAUUACUUUGAGAAGUUAGUUGGGUUUGUAGAUGAUGCUGUCAAGCAGCUUAAAGCAUUGUCUUUUGAAAAAUUAAUUGAAGAAGUAAACAGAUUCAUUGACAUGUUGGUGAGGAAAUUAAAAUCAUUUGAUUACCACCAGUUUGUAGAUGAAACCAACAGCAAAAUCCGUGAGCUGACUCAGAUGAUCAAUGGUGAAAUACAGGCUCUGGAAAUAUCACAGAAAGCUGAAGCACUAAAACUGUUUGUCGAGGACAUCAAGGCCAUGGUCUUGGACUGUCUGGAAAGACUAAGGGACACUAAAGUAACCUUAUUCAUCGAUGGGUUACAAGAGGCUUUAAAUUCCAUAUCUUUGAUUCACAUGAAAGCCAAAUUCCUAGAGACUCUAGAAGAUAUACGAGACAGAGUUUAUCAAAUGGACAUUCAGCGGGAAUUGGCACGAUAUUUGUCUCUGGUAGGCCAAGUUUACAGCACUCUUGUCACCUACAUUUCUGAUUGGUGGAGUCUUGCUGCUAAGAACCUUACUGACUUUGCAGAGCAGUAUUCCAUCCAAGACUGGGCUGAAAACCUGAAAGCAUUGGUAGAACAAGGAUUUACUGUUCCUGAAAUCCAGACCAUCAUUGGGACCAUGCCUGCCUUUGAAGUCAGCCUCCAUGCUCUUCGGAAAGCUACCUUCCAGACUCCUGACUUCACAGUCCCCUUCACAGAUUUGAGGAUUCCAUCAGUUCAAAUAAAUUUCAAAGAGUUGAAAGACAUAAAAAUCCCAUCCAGGUUUUCUACACCAGAAUUUACAAUCCUCGGCACCUUCCACAUCCCUUCCUUUACAAUUGACUUAGUAGAAAUAAAAGUGAGGUUCAUCAGGACCAUUGACCAAAUGCUGAACAGUGAGCUGCAAUGGCCAAUUCCAGAAGUGUAUCUGAAGGAUCUGAAGGUGGAUACCCUUCUUGCUAGAAUCACCCUGCCGAACUUCCGUGUACCAGAAAUCACAAUUCCAGAAUUCAUACUCCCAAAUCUCAGCCUUAAAGAUCUUCAAGUUCCUGACCUUCACAUACCAGAAUUCCAGCUUCCCCACAUCUCACACACUGUCCAAGUACCUACUCUUGGCAAACUGUAUAGUGUUUUGAAAAUCCAGUCUCCCCUUUUCACAUUAGAUGCAAAUGCCGACAUAAAGAAUAAAACUACUUCAGUAGAGAAAGUAGAGAUUGCAGCUUCCAUUGCUGCCAAAGGACAGUCUAAAUUAGAAGUUCUCAAUUUUGCUUUUCAAGCAGAUGCACAACUCUCAAACUCUAAGAUUAAUCCACCGUUUCUCAAGGAAUCCAUGAAGUUCUCCAGCAAGUACCUAAGCACAGAGCAUGAGAGUGAACUUCUAUUUUUCAGAAAUGCUAUUGAGGGAAAGUCUGACACAGUGGCAAGUUUACACACAGAAAAAAAUACAGUGAAGCUUAAUAAUUCUGUGAUUUUCAAGAUAAACAAUCAGCUUACUCUGGAGAGCACCACAAACUACUCCCACAUACUGAACGUCCCCAGUCUGGACAUUUCCAGUCAGGCUGACCUGCAUAAUGAGAUCAAGACACUAUUGGAAGCGGGACAUGUGACCUGGACUUCUUCUGGAACAGGGACAUGGAAAUGGGCCUGCCCCAAAUUUUCAGAUGAGGGAACACAUGAGUCACAAAUUGGCUUCACUGUAAAAGGACCCAUCACUUCUUUUGGAUUGUCCAAUAACAUCAACAGCAAACACCUAAGAGUAAACCAAAAUUUGGCUUACCAUUCUGACUUCUUCAACUUUUCUAAAUUUGAAAUUCAGUCACACAUUGAAUCUCAGCAUAUGGGCCACAGCAUUCUAAGUGCUAAAGGCACAGCGCUGCUUGGAGAAGGGAAGGCAGAGGUGACUGGCAACCAUGUUGCUCUUUUAAAUGGAAAAGUUACUGGAACUUUGAAAAAUUCUCUUUCCAUUUCAGCACAGCCAUUUGAGAUUGUUGCAUCCACAAAUAAUGAAGGGAAUUUGAAAGUUAGUUUUCCAUUAAAAUUAACAGGUAAGAUAAACUUCCUGAAUAACUAUGCACUGUUUCUGAAUCCUAGUGCCCAGCAAGCAAACUGGCAGGCAAAUGCCAGGUUCAACCAGUAUAAAUACAAUCAAAAUUUCUCUGUUGGAAACGAUGAGAACAGCAUUGAGGCGCACAUGGGAAUAAAUGGAGAGGCCAAUCUGGAUUUCUUAAACAUUCCUUUAACAAUUCCUGAAAUAAAUCUCCCUUACACAACGCUCACCACUCCACCACUGAAAGAUUUCUCCUUAUGGGAAAAAACAGGCUUGAAGGAAUUCUUGAAGACAACAAAGCAAUCAUUUGACUUAAACAUAAAUGCUAAAUAUAAGAAAAACAAAGAGAAGCACUCCAUCGCAAUUCCUUUGGGUGCAUUUUACAAGUUUAUCAGUCAGAACAUCAACUCCUUCAGUGGACAUUUACAGAACAUCGGAGACAACGCAUUGGAUUUUCUCACUAAAUCUUAUAAUGAAGCAAAAAUUAAGUUUGAUAAGUACAAAGUUGAAAAAUCGCUCAACAGGCUCCCCAGGACCUUUCAGACUCCUGGAUACAUUAUUCCAAUUUUCAAUAUUGAAGUAUCUCCACUCACAAUAGAGACGUCAGCAUUCAGUCAUGUGAUCCCAAAAUCAAUAAGCACCCCCAAUGUCACCAUCCUGGAUUCAAGCUUCUAUGUGCCUUCAUAUACAUUGGCUCUGCCAUCCCUAGAGCUGCCAGUCUUCCAUGUCCCCAGGAAUCUACUCAAGGUCUCUCUUCCAGAUUUCAAGGAAUUGAAAACCAUUAACAAUAUUUUUAUUCCAGCCAUGGGCAACAUUACCUAUGAAUUUUCCUUCAAAUCAACGAUCAUUACACUGAAUACCAAUGCUGGACUUUAUAACCAAUCAGACAUUGUUGCCCAUAUCCUUUCUUCCUCUUCAUCUGUCAUUGAUGCACUACAGUACAAAUUAGAGGGCACCUCAAGUUUGACGAGGAAAAGAGGGUUGAAGUUAGCCACAACUCUGUCUCUGAAUAACAAAUUUCUGGGAGGCACUCAUGACAGUACCAUUAGCUUAACCAAGAAAAACAUGGAAGCCUCAUCGACAACAACUGCAGACGUCCAAACUCCAAUUUUGAGAACCAAUUUCAAGCAAGAAUUUAAUGGAAAUACCAAGUCAAAACCUACCAUCUCUUCAUCCAUUGAAUUAAAGUAUGACUUCAAUUUUCCAAAACUCAGCUCUACUGCUAAAGGGGAAGUUAAACACAAACUUAGCUUAGAAAGCCUCACUUCUUACUUUUCCAUUGAGUCAUCUUCCAAAGGAGACAUCAAGGGUUCAUUCCUUUCACAAGAAUACUCAGGAGCUAUUGCCAGUGAGGCCAGCACUUAUUUGAAUUCCAAGGGCACUCGGUCUUCAGUGAAGCUUCAAGGGGCUUCCAAAUUACAUGAUAUCUGGAACCUUGAAGUAAAAGAGAAUUUUGCUGGAGAAGCCACUCUCCAACGUAUCUAUGCCAUUUGGGAGCACAAUGCAAAAAACAGCUUACAGAUAGAACAUUUCUUUCACACACAUGGAGAACAAGCAAGCAAAGCCACCUUGGAACUCUCCCCAUGGACAAUGUCAGCUCUUGUCCAGAUCCAUGCAAGUCAGCCCAACUGUCUCCUUGAUACCACUUACCUUGACCAGGAAGUGGCCCUGAAUGCCAAUACUAAGAACCAGAAGGUCAUCUGGAAAAGUGAGGUCCAGUUUAAUUUGAGCUCUCUUCAGAACAACGUGCAGCUUUCCAACGACCCAAGAGAGACACGUCUUGACAUUGCAGGAUCCUUAGAAGGACACCUGUCAUUCCUCAAAAAUAUCAUCAUACCAGUUUAUGACAAGAGUGCAUGGGACCUCCUGAAGCUGGAUGUCACCACCAGCACCAGCAGAAGACAGUAUCUUCGUGCCUCAACUGCCCUUGUAUAUACCAAGAACCCCAAUGGCUAUGCUUUCUCUCUUCCCGUCCAAGAAUUGGCAGAUAAAUUUAUCAUCCCUGGGCUGAAACUAAAUGAUCUAGACUUAGUUCUUGUCACACCUACAUUCCAAGUCCCAUUUGUAGAUCUUCUGGUUCCAUCCUACAAACUUGACUUCAGUGAGAUAAAAAUCUAUAAGAAGCUUAGUACUUCACCAUUUGCUCUCAACCUAUCAAUACUACCCAAUGUAAAAUUCCCCAAAGUUGAUGUGCUAACAAAAUAUUCUGAAUUGCAAGACUACUCAGUUCCAUUUUUUGAGAUAACUAUACCUGAAGCUCAGGUAACUGUGUCCCAAUUCACCCUUCCAAAAAGUAUUUCAGUUGGUAGCACUGUUUUGAAUCUAAAUGAUGUUGCCAACAAGAUUGCAGACUUUGAGUUGCCUUCCACCAUUGUGCCUGAGCAGACUAUUGAGAUUCCUUCCACUAAGUUCUCUGUACCUACUGGAAUUUUCAUUCCUUUCUUUGGCACCCUGACUGCACAAUUUGGGUUGGCCUCUCCCCUGUAUAAUGUCACUUGGAGUGCUGGUUUGAAAAACAAAGAAGAUCAUAUUGAAACAUUCCUGGAUUCCACAUGCAGCUCAACUAUCCAGUUCCUGGAAUAUGACCUAAAUGUUGUGGGAACGCACAAAAUUGAAGAUGGCAUGUUCAUCUGUAAGACCAGAGGAACAUUUGCACAUCGUGACUUCAGUGCAGAGUACAAGGAAGACAGCAAAUAUAAAGGACUUCAGGUCUGGGAAGGAGAGGCUCGCCUUGACAUCACCAGCCCAGUGUUCACUGAUUUCCAUAUGCACUACCAAGAAGACGAGAAAACGCUCUCCUUCUGGGCAGCCUCUCCAGCCAUAGGCACCGUGGGAAUGGACUUGGAAGACCAAGAAGACAUUUUAAUGUGGAGCCUCUACCUCUACCCUCAGUCUUCUCCAGAUAAAAAACUCAACAUAUUAAAAACUGAGUUCAGGUACAAAGAAUCUGAGCAGGAAGCACAGAUCGAAGUUAACUGGGAAGAAGAGGCAGCUUCCAGAUUGGUAAGCUCUCUAAAAGACAACAUGCCCAAGGCCAUGGGGACCCUUUACAACUACAUCAACAAGUACCACCGGGAGCACACGGGACUCAACCUGAAGGCAGCUUCUUCAAAACUACAGAGAAGUCUUCAGAACAGCGCUGAGCAGGCCUAUCAGGAGGCCAUGAGGCAAAUUGAUGAGAUGGAUGUGAGGCUGCAGAGAGCAGCCAGCGGCACCACAAGAACCUACCAGGGGUGGAAGGACCAGGCUCAGACUCUGUACCAGGAACUCCUGGCUCAGAAAGACCAAGCCACUUCCCAGAGGCUCAAGGAUAAGGUGAUUGACAGUUUAGUGUGGGUUUUACAGGAAUACCACAUGGCAGUCAAGCGUCUGAUUGAUUCAUUCAUUGAUUUCCUGAAGUUCCCCAGAUUCCAGCUCCCAGGGAAAGCCAGGCUGUAUAGCAGAGAUGAACUCUGUACUAUGGUCAUGAGGGAAGUAGGAAAGGCACUGUCCCAGGUGCAUUCCAGUAUCCAUAAUGGGUUAGAAAUCUCGCUGUCCUAUAUGCAAGACCUAGUGGAGAAAUCCGAAUUAAUGAAGGACCUAAUUAUUAAACAUCCCUUCAAAUCAAAGAGCUAUAAACCAACAGAAAUAAUCCUGGAAUGUAUAAAAAUGGUGGAACUUUUAUCACAAGAAAUCCAGGACGCAUUUAAUAAACUCCAGUCUAUCAAGCUAACAGAGAUACUAAAUGAUCUUCAGGAAAUUUUAGAAUGCUUCUUCCUAAGGGUAGAAGGAGAAAUUAAACACUUAAAGGAGAUAAAGCUUAUUUAUGCCAUUAAUGAUAUCCAAAAUGUCAUCAACACAGUCCAAGACUAUAUUGCAUAUAUUGUUAGACACAUGAAAGAAAACCUGUACUUUAACCUUGGUAAGUUCAAUGAGUUUGUUCAGAACAAACUUAAGGCAGCUUCUCAAGAGUUGCAGCAGAUCCAACAGCACAUAAAGGCUCUUCGCAAGGAGUAUUUUGAUCCAAGUGUAGUUGGCUGGAGAGUGAAAUCUUAUGAACUUGAAGAGAAGAUCAUCAACGUGAUCCACCACCUAGUAGCUGCCCUUAAGGACUUGUAUUCCAAAUUUACUGCCGGUGCUGCUGGCUUUGCUUCCCAACUCUCAAGUCAAGUUGAGCAAAUUGUGUGCAAAGAUAUCCAGGAAUAUCUUAGCAUCCUUACUGAUGCAGACGGGAAAGGGAAAGAGAAGAUUGCAGAGCUUGCUACCAGUGCUCAGGAAAUAACUAAAAGCUGGGCCACUGCAAUGAAGGAAAUCAUUUCUGAUUACCACCAGCAGUUCAGAUAUAAACUACAGGAUUUAUCAGACCAACUCUGUGAUUAUCCUGAAAAAUUAGUUGCUGAGUCAAAAAGAUUGAUUGACCUGUCCAUUCAAAGCUACCACAUGUUUUUGAGAUACGUCACUGAGUUACUGAAGGAGCUGCAAUUAGCUGCAGUCAAUGACAUGAGCCCCCACAUAAAGCUUACUCCAGGAGAACUCACUAUCACCUUCCAUGUUUAAAGAAAGCCUCAUCUAUGCUUCUGUUCCAAUUAAACUUUCACUUAGUAGGGGGGAAUUUAAAUUGUAAGGAUUGAUAAAACCAUACAGUGGGCCAGUCCUGCAGUAUGCCGCUGACUACAAGCAAAAGCACAUGUGGACAGGACCCUCACUGAGGUUGGCACUGAAGCUCCAAAGACCUCUGAACUCUGGGGGGAGAUCUGUUUCGUGCAAGUUAACAAAAAUAAGGGUCUGGAUUAUUUUGUUAAACUUGGGGGAAAGGAGAACAAAUAAAUGGAUUCUUUAUUGUGUAUCAUA